ACUCAGUGCAAAAUGGCGUCGUUUAAUGUGAAAGGCGAGACAUUGUUCAAAAUAUUUUUAAAAUAGCUACUGUUUGUGCCAACACUAGUGUGUAAUUUUUCUUACUGUUGCGUCUCAAGACAUUAACUAUUAAACGAUAUACAUCAGUUACAGUAUGUAAGUAAAUAUUCCGUGUCUUAGCGAGAAGUCCAACUGUCUUCAAGACGUAGGCUAUCGAGCUGAAGCCAUAUUUAUGAUGUUAUCUAAGGACCUCGCUUCAUAAGAAACAGAAGUGUUUGUUCUCAAGGUGAAGAUGGACUUGGGUGAAAGUUCGAACCGUCGAUUGAUGUGCCGUCAGUUUAAUGAUGUGGUUCUAGAGGUAUUGGAAGUAAAGGUGUGAGGAAUCUAUAUGAAGAGCUGUGGCAAGAAGGCAUUUUUGUGAAUAAACUAGUGAAUACUGUUACCCUGCCUUGAUCAUAAUGUUGUGAAAAAACUGUGAAAGCUGGGACAGAAAACUCUCAGUGAAAUUCAUUGCACGUAGUUGUCCACUCUUAAAGACUGGCACAGCUAGGUAAUGGAUCCGGUGGGGCCAUGGUCAGCGUACGCCGCUUCUUAUAACCGUCUGGCUGGCGCAACAGGCGGUUUCCAGUCUGGGUCUGCAGGCGGGGCAGGCGAUUUUGUUGCCUCCCACCAUCAUCUAGCAGCAGCCACGGGGAACUCGGGUCUGGGAAGCCACCAGCCAGGCGGUGGUGUGCCAUCCACAACGUCUCAGUUGCUACUUCAAGCAGCGCACACCACUGCCAGCUUGGCUGGCCAGCUUGGGAUGUCAGCCGCUGGACCUGGCACCACCGCUUCACCUUUUAAUCCUGGUGGAUUCCUCUCUCCUCCUCCAGUAGGCUAUGAUGCAGUUUUUUCUCCACUAUUUCACCAUGCCAACCCUAAGCCUGCCCACUAUCCCUCCACGCUGAAUGUAAGUCAGCAUAGACAAGCUCUGGCACAGGCCCAGGCUGCUGCUACAAAGCAGAGCUCAGUGGAAUCAGAACUUUCUAGUUUACGUGAAAACUACAGUACAGCACAUCAUCAAAGUCUUGCUGCAUCAAGUAGCUCCUUCUUUGAACACCAGGCAUCAUCUUCCUCUCCAUCUUCAUCACUAGCAUGGUCACAUCAAGGCAACACUCAGCUACCAAGCCCUUUUGGAAUUUUACCACAUGAGACUGUUGUGACCUCAUCCCCUGGACCAGGAGCAUCCAAGUCUGGUACAUCAGCAUAUGAAAAUACAUUCAAUGCUCACUUUGCAGCUGCUCAGAGUCUGAAUCAUCUGAACUCUCAGCUCACAGCUGCAGCUGAAUAUAACAAAAGCUCUGGCAGCUAUGGUGAUAACCCUAGUAAGAAAGCAAGUCGGGCCCAGUCACCACUUGUUACCCCAGUGAAACCAGUAGCAUCUGCAGCUUCCAGUGUCUCAGCAAGUGGAACUCCAUUUUUUCACCAGGCUUCAGCAAGCACAUCCUUUACUGGUUCUGAAUCACUUGCAUCACGUAGUGAUUGCUCGUCUCUUUCUGCAAAUUUCUCAAGCAGUAAUAAGUCACAGCAGCAACAACAACAGCAAAUUUCUUCUGGUUCAGAAUUUCCUGGUGGAAGUAAAUCUUUUGGCAGUAGCUCUUCAAGCUCUCUUCACCACCAGCAGUCUUGCAUUGUUUCAACUGCAUCUUCUACUUCAGCAUCUUCUAAAGAUUAUCGCAUUCCUCAGCCUCCAUCACGAUCAGCCUCUUCUUCUCUCUUCCUAAAUGCAGCUUCGACAUCGUCCCGGUCAUCAUCCCAAGCUGCUGAAAAACAGACCUCCAGGAACCAGAAUUUUGUCCCUCCAACUAGUAAGGCCUCAGCACAUCAGACUAUUCAAACUAAGGCACAGACUAAGAUAUAUCCUGAGUUGGCAGCUUCAUCGGAGCAUUCUCGUCGGAGUGAGAGUACACUAGAAUCUAGUCAAUCUUCGCCGAUUAGUUUUGCCAUGAUGGACGCAACUGCUCAUCGCCAAGGACUAAAUUAUUCUGGUAACACAACUGCUGGUGGAUCAUGUUCAUCUGGCUCUGGGUCAUCUUCAAAAAUUACCUCUAACUCCCAGCGUAGUAAUACAAGUUCAAAUCUUCAGCAGUCUCAGUUCCAACAUGUAUUGAAUCAGCAGGCUGCUGCAGGCUCUUCUUAUCAUGCUCGCCAUUAUUCUGGUUCAGUUUCAACAGGGGAUUCAUCAGAAUAUCAUCAUGGUGGCCGGUCUAAGGCAUCUGGAUCUACAGACUCUACAUAUCCAGAGAGGUUACUCACUUCUAAUAAUUCUUCUUCCCAGAAUGGACCAGACUGUGGUGUUGUUGUUCCACGAAGACCUAGUCCCUUACAAGCCCAUUCUCAGGCCAGCCCCUUAGGCCAUGUUCCCAGCCCAGCUUAUCCCAUGUACAAUAGUCCCAUGGCAUCUAUGUCAUCACCUUCACCUCUCCAGCAGCAUUCUGAACCUGCUGGAAACCAAUGUUCAAGUGGAGGAGCACCAAGACAUAAUAAUCCUCCAUCACAGCAGCAACAAGUUGCUCCUCCCUCUCCUUUGGAUGUUACAGUUCCAAGACCAUCUUCACAAGGGGGGCAAGUUGCUUACCCAUCAGUUAUUACUCGUGCCCUCUCAGGGGAAGGAGGAAGUAAAUCCUAUGGUGGUGAAGGGAGGUCCUUUGAACGAUCCCAACAACAACAGCAGCAAGAAUUCUCACAAAAACAGCAAGGUUGUUGGGAAACAGGAGACAGCAGACAACAGCCUCACCAUUCCCGACCUACAAAUAAGUUUCAAGCUUCUUCAGGCUAUGGAGCAGGAGGUAUAGAGAUGUCACAGCAGGUACCUGCACAGCAGCAACAACAGGCUCAACAGAGAGCAGCAUUAGGCAUCUCAGAACGACAGCAGGCAUACUUUGAUUCAAGUCCAGGACAUCAGGUGACACUUCAAGAUCUUAGUAGCUGUCGUGGAGACCCAAUGAGUAUUGUGAAGAAUUUGCAAACUCUACAACAGCAGCAAUCAUGUCAGCUUCAGCCAAAUCCAGAACAGCCAAAAUCUGCACCUGAAGAGCGACUACAAAGUACUAAAGGUGGUGGUAGUGGUGGAAGUGGUGGUAGCGGUGGAAAGCGUAGGAAAAGUUCAGAGAAGAGUCAUGCAGGUGCAGCGUCUCUGAAUGAUCUGGCAGGCUCUGCAAUGGCUGAAUAUUUCACAGGCCGUGUUCCCCCACCUGCCCAUCACAAUACCAACCAGCAGCAACAGAAUGGUGGGUAUUUUGAUUUUGAACGCUGGAACCUCCCACCGCCGCCACCCAAGAUGUUUGGUGGUGGUCCGGGUGCUUUCGGUUCUCAGUCACCACUACAUCAUGGCGGAAACUUUGUGGGAAAUCCUGCUCAUCAGCACCAGUCUCUGAUGGUCCCUCACCCCCACCAUCACCCUCCACCUCCUCUUCCUUACUUCCCACCUUUUCAGUUACACCCUGGUCAUCAUCCACAUCAUCCUCCCCAUGAGUUCCAACCCUCUGUUGAAAUUGCACCACUUCCUUUUGAGAACACUUCUUCUGGAAACAAUUCAUUUGCCACAGGGCAGGAAGCUCGUGAUGACCAGCCCAAAGUUAUUGUGCCCAAUAUAGAAGAAGAAUUGGGAUUUCUUGCAGAGUCAGAUGCAGCCCCAGCAGCUACUAGUACAACCACUACUACAAGUACAACAAACUCUGCAGGUUCAACAGUGGCCUCUUCAGUGGAAACAAAGAUGCCAGAAAAAAAGUCUCUGCCAUGUACAAACCCAUCCUCAGGGUUUAUGGCCAGUUACAUGAAGUUCCUUCAGGGUGAGAGAGAUUCAUCACCACCGCCAGCAAAUCGUGGAGGGAGGAAAGCUACUUGGUCUAGGGCCAAAGUUUACCAGCCUGAGCCUACCAAGCCUACAGCAGCAAGCACCACUGCUAUCACUGCCACUACAACAGCAUUGGAUUCAGGGGCCACUGCAACAUCUAAUUGUAAUGCAACAUCAGCAACACUCACAAAUUCCGUGUCUGCUUCAGAAAAAUCAAAGGACGUUGCAACUGCAAAGAAUAAGGAGGUUUCUAACAGGGUAUAUGACCCCGAAGAUGACCCCAGGUACUUUCCAUUACCCAAAUCAGAUGCUAAGAGGAAAAGCUUUGCUGAUUCUGAUGGGGAUUUUGACUCUAGUGAUGGAGAGAAGGAGAAGUUAGUAGAAAAGGAAAAGCCUAAACAGAAAGAAAAAGAGAAAGAAAAGGAGAAAGAGAAGGAAGAACCUAAAUCUACGUCAAAACCAUCCUCAAAGCAGUCUAAAGCCACAGUGAAAACAUCUUCAACAAAGACAGCUGCUCCACUGGCCACAUCUCAAGCGGAGUUUGUUGCUAGCAAAGCAGUUGAAAAGGCCGAGAAGAUAGAGAAAGGGAAGAAAAGUCGAGGACCAAAAUCUGGGGGUGGACAGACUGCUAGCAAGAGGAAACAUGACCAGGAAGAAGCAGUGGAUCCACUGUUUCUUCCGCCUCGGAGGGAAACUUCUCGGCGGAAGGCUAAGGAGAAGACAAGUAUGAAACAGUUCCUUGACCGACAGGAGAAUUUGGAUGAAGAAUUUGAUGCAGAUGAGCCAGAGUUUGUAGACUCAGAUUCAGAUCCAGCAUGGACACCUGCAGCAAAGGAUUCAUCUGAUGAAGAUGGUACUGGUCGUAGACGUGGGAGUCGUCGGACUCGUCCUCUUGUAAGUCGGAAGAAAUCGCGCCUGCUGUCAACAUCAAGCAUUACUGGAGGUGGUCAUGAUGAGGAUGGCUACAGCAGUAAUGAGAGUGUGGAUACACCUGCACAACCGCCUCCAACUAAAAGACAUCAUGCCAACCACCGGAGUGGCAGUGCAGGAAGUGGUAAACCUGGAAAUGUGACUGGUAGUGCCAAGUCUGGAAGUGCUGCUGGAGGUGUCAAAACUGGAAAUAGUGGUUCUUCAAGAUCUGGAAGUAGCACUGGAAAUUCCAAAUCAGGGGGACCUACAGGCACAAAGUCAGGGGGCAAUGGAAGUAAUGGCAAUUCUAAAUCUGUUGGUGGUGGUAGCAGAGGUAGACCACGUAUUACUAGCAUUACUGCGCCAUCUCUUAACUCCACUCCAGUACUACAGCAGUCACCUGUGGCAGAGGAGACAACAUCGUCUGGUAACACUGGAGGAGAAUCGGGUGAUACCAUUCCCUUUAAGGAAUGCUUCAAGAUCCUUGAAGAAGGACACUCACAUGAAAACGGGACAUUUAGACGGGUGAGGGUUGAUGUAAUUGAAGUGUGUGAACAUGAAUAGCAGAACACGGUGUUGUAUUAUCUAUCCAGAAACAACUGUGAACUAUAGUGUAUACUGUAGCUUUACAAUGUGAUACAGAUUUUUGUUAUAACAAACUCCAUAGAGUGGCUGGAUUUUUUCCUAAUGAGAAAAAUACGACAGUCGCAUGAGCUCAUGGUUGUUUUAAGCAUAGCAGGAGAUUAAGUGUUAUUUCUUUGAAAAUAUACGCAGAGUUAAAUCAUUGGUGAUCCUGCAUGACACCAAUUUCUUGAUGAAGUAACAUGGCUAAGGAAGUGUGGAAUGAGCUGGGGUAGCUCAGACAGUAUAGUGUCUGACAACGGAAUCAGCAAGUGGGGUUCGAUUCCUGGCAGGGGCAAUGGAUGUUUCUUCUAGCCUCUGCAUCUACACCAGCUCUGAGGCCCGCCCAGCCUCCUAUCCGUGGGUACCAAGGGCCUGCUUGCAGGGGUUAAGCUUGACUGGAGUGUGAUGCUGAUCACUUACCCCAUAUAGUACUGAGGUCAAAAAUGAGUAGGAGCUAUACCUCCUGUACCUGCAAGUGCCUCCAUGGCAUAUAUUUAGAUGUGUGUCAGAUUUUGACUUUUUGUGGGACAGCAAAGAAACAACAGCUUCUUGAAGAGGACUGUUUUACAUGUUUCAAAAUGUUUGCAAAUUUCAGGGUGAUGGUAGUAUGAAAAUCCACCCGUUAAAGUGGAUGAUUUAAUUACAGAUAUAUCUGUGACAGUCUAAGAAGCUUAUAGUAGCAAGUUGUGACAAAUACAUUCCAGACAGAGUUUGAAGUUUUUGAAAUUGGUACAUAGUUCUGUAAUGAAAAUUUGAAGAACGCUGGGGUUUGUGUUCGGGAAAAGUGAAACAAUUUUUUUUUUACCAUGAUAAAUAUCACACAGAAAUUGAGUUUCACAUGGUUUAUGAAGUACUAAACCAUAUUGCUCUCAAAAUUUGACUUAGUUGAAUGGUCAUAGGUUACUGCAUGCAACAAAAUUCAUCAGUAGCCUACAUCAAAGAAUAAUAUUCUUCUUUAGUUCCAACAUUCAACUUAAUUCCUUGAGCUGUAAAAAUAUGACUACUUUGUUGUUGGUUUGUAUGCUGCCCUCUAACAUGAAGAGUUUGAACUUGUACUUAUAUGUCUAAUGACUGACAUGCUAAACAGAUGUAAGACUGUAAAAAGUGUUUUGUUUAAAGAUACAUUGAGUAUUUGUGUAAAUAUAACAAGAACAACUGACUGGCAUAUUGGCAAUAUUUAUUUACGUUUAUAUACUCUGGUAGCUCAAUCAAUAUCGUUACUGGCUGUGGACUGGAUGAUUGGGGGUUUGAUCCUAGAUGGGGGCAAAGGAUUUUUCUCGUAGCUUCUGCAUCCAGACCAGUUUUGGGGCCCACCCAGCCUCCUAUCAAUGGGUACCGGGGUUCUUUCCUGGGGGUAAAGCAGGGCCGGGGUUACGACGCUGACCACUCACCCCCCCAAUCUAGUGCUGAGGUUAAGCAUGAGUAGGAGCUAUACCCCAUCUCCCCCCGAGCGCCUACAUUGCAUACAGUGGGACAUAUUUAUUUUAUUACAUACAUAUUUAAUCUAACACUUAUAAUGAGUUCACAUUUUUACCCUUAAAUUGUUUUCAAUUGCAUUUUUGAAAAGCAGUGAAAAAGUAAAGCACACAGCAGAAGAGUUAAAUUUGUUUCAGUGGUUUCAUCUUAGCUUUUAAACUCUUUCAUAAAUGUAGUUUUACUCUAGAAUUUGUAGCACUUUUAAUUUUCCACCACUGUGUUAAAAAUUGGUGAAUGUUUCACAUCAUACGCAUUCGUCAGUUGCUUUAAAACGUAGAGAGUAUAUUCUUUCGACGUGCUUGUUUCUGAAUGUAUGUUUUUGAAAUAUGUAUUGUUUGUUUUUCACUUUGGUGUCAUUUGCAGCUGUAUCAGUGAUGUAGUGCAGCGCAUAUGGUCAGUAGGGAUAAAAUUAAUAUUAAUAGUUUCACUUCAUAUUUUACGUUCUGAGUGAUUUAGUACUGAAGAAACAGAAACAAAGAAAAGUGUAAAUAGAAAUUUGUAAGAAGUUAUUGAUACCACUUAUGAAGUUCCAAAUGCAGGUAAUUGCUUCAGAUUAUUUUUGACUAUACCAGAUCUGAUCUUCAUAGUAUGGAGAUUGAAUUCAUGUCUGAGGUAAAUUGUAGGAACAUUUGAUGGCUAUGAUGAAUGUGACCUGAUACUCCAUUGCUUGUCAUUUGUGGUCUGAUUUUAUACUCAUAGUUUUUUGUUAUGUUGAUUUAAUAAUAUUGUAAAUCGAGUUAUAAAUUGCGUUGAUAUUUA